AGCGACUUCCUGUGGUUUGCCAUUUUCGGCUUUUUGACAGAGCUCCGGUUUUCUUUUCCUCUGUUCUCUAUUCCGUGUGCUUCCUUGUUUGUUUGUUUGUUUGUUUAUUUGUUUUAAAAACAUUACUACUUCUUUUACUAGAGUUUUGUUAUUACUGCGAAGAUCAUUUCUGUCUGUAGAAAGGUUUAAAAUCUUCAGUUAUAAGCCUUAGGUGUAAAUAAAGAUAGUUGGUAGAAUCGGUGUUAGCCUUUUGCUAGCGGCUUUGUUUAGUAAAGAAGGUUAGCAUAGCGCUUAGCCUAGCUUAGCUUAGCCGUAGCUUAGCUUAAGCUAGCACUUUCAUUACCUUUGGAGUUAGUAUAAAUGAAAGUAAGUGACAAAGUUGGAUAUUUGUGUUUAGGAGAAGGACAGGUUGUGUAAUUGUAUCAUAGUUUCAGUGUUAUUGUGAGUUUUUGUGCAAUACUCAGGGUUAGGUGUGUGUGUGUGUGUGUGUGUGUGUGUGUGUGUUUGCCUUGUGCACUCACUGAACCCCUUUAAAACUUGAAUAUACAAAACGGAGCAGUAUAGUGAGCUCAGUAUGAGUUAUAAACCCAUCGCUCCAGCUCCUGCAGGCUCCAAUCACACACCUCCAGGGUCAUGCGGCUCGUCUCCGUCUCUGCCCUCGGCCUCCACCUUCAGACCGGCGUUCAGCGACUUCGGUCCACCGUCCAUGGGCUUCGUACAGCCAGUGAAAGUGUCUCAGGGCUCCACCUACAGCGAGCUGCUGUCUGUGAUAGAGGAGAUGAGUCGAGAAAUCAGACCCACGUACGCCGGCAGUAAAAGCGCCAUGGAGAGACUGAAGAGAGGAAUCAUCCACGCCCGAGCUCUAGUGAGAGAGUGUCUAGCUGAAACCGAGCGCAGCGCUCGCACAUAACACACACCCACACCUCUCUGUAUAUCUCUCUCUCUCUCUUAUUCUCUCUCUCACACACACUUUUACACACCUCUGUUCCACAUAAUUACUUUUGUAAUUUCAAACUUUUUGCAGUUCUGUAUUUAAAUGCAAAAAAACUCCAAUAAAAAUCCGGUUUUUCAAUUAAA